AUGAGCGGCGGCGUCCCUGCUGCCACCUCGCUGGGCCAGCCGGGCACCGCGCCCCGGCAGCAGGAGGAGGAGCGGCGGGCGAGGAGAGGCCGGCGGAAUGGGGUCGCAGGGAGAAUAGAGGAGGAGGCGAGGACCCUGGUGGAGCGGCGGUGCAUGACGGCGCGGCCGCGGGGUGACGGAUCCCCGGAAACCGCAACCGUCACGACUCCGUGGGGCGGCUACACGGCCACCCCGCAGCGCGCAGUGGCGCAGACGGCGAGGACAAAGGCGUUGACACCCGCGUCACCGCAGCGGGGCGUGGCGGGGCCACUCACUUGGACGGUGUCGCCGCCGAGCUCCUUCUACAAGGCGGCCGGCGGUGAGGGCGAAGGCUGCAGCCUUCGCAGGGAGAGCGACUGUCAGGGGGGGUGGCAGGUGAAUCAGCGAGGCGGAGACGAGGACCUCGCCAGGGCCGCGGCGGAGCGAGACCGGCACAUCUUCCACGGGGACGCCAACGAGAACAGCAGCAGGAGCAUAGACAACAGCGGCGGCGGGCCCCCUAGACCUCCGAAGCGGGAAGGACCGGACUCCAGACCUGACGGCGCGGGAGCCGCGAAUGCCGUGCUGCUGCCCUCAUUCCCGCCACAAUCCAUGCCGCUCGUCUCCCCACGCGUGAGUAGUGGCAAUGCAGGCGACAGCAAUAUUAGUAGCUUGAACGAGAACCACGGCGGUGCGGCGGCGCGGGUUGCCUCCGCCGGCUCCCAGUUACUUGACCCGCUGAGGCACGGGGGCCCGCCAGAGCAGCAUUCAGGGUCGCGGAACGAGGAAUCGGACCCCACGCCUCCCCUCUGCGGGGAGGCUUCCCCACCGCUGACGACGAGUUCGACGCUGCCCAAAGCGGGGCUUCCGCCACGGCCGGGGGAGCCCCGAUCGACUCCGCGGGCCCUGCCGGCCUCCCCGCCCAAGCCGGGGCAGGAUGAGAGGCGUGCAGAGCAGACGACGCCGCCGCCACCCCCGGCCCCCCGCGCCACUCCGGUGCAGUGGCAAAGGGCCGGGCCACGGGCGGGGCUGGGCGCCGCGGAGGGGCGGCGGCGGUCGGACUGCGAGUCACACUCCCUCAGCGGGACGGAGGGGGAGACGGUCUCUGCAAAUAGUUUUACGGCGGCGCAGCUCAACACGCUGUUGGGCGAGGUGGCGACUUCACGGCCCUCCGCUUCGUCGGCGCGGCCUGCAGCCGACAGGAGCGCACCCGCAGUGUUGCGCGCCAGCAGCACGGAGGAGGCCGCGGGUGCCGCCCACGGCGUAGAGCCGCAGGUUCCGACCCCGGAACACGGGACGCGGUCGUCGUCGGUCUCAGCGCCGUCGCCGUCGCCGCGGAAGGAGAGUCUGCCGCGCGAUGAAAAUCAGUUCUCGCGGAAGGGCACAACUGAGGUCGACGACUCGGCCAAAAUUGCCGUCACCAAUCCAUAUGAGGUUCGGUUUCGCAAUAACUCCUUUGCCAAUGGAAGGCACGGCGACGCCGCUCUUCCCGGCGAGGCCGCCGUGGUGGUUCCCGUCGCCGGGGGCGCGGCGGCGGAGGCGGAGGCGGAGGCGGAGGCGACGGAGCUCGCAGGAGGGCGCAGCGGCGCGCGUGGCGGCAGACAACAGGACCCCACGGCCGACCAGCAGUGGCUGCAAGUGCCGUCCCUUUUUUGCCUUGUGUUCAACCUGAUCAAGCUGCAUGAGUCGCGGGCGUAUCAACUAGAGGAUGAGAGGGAGCGGGAGGUGUCCGAGAUGCUGGGGGAGCCAAAAGCCUCCGUGACGCCGCGACAGGAUUCUGUCGCCUUGUCGGCCUCACUGCAAGACAUCUACGUACAACUCUCGCACGCGUUUUGCGAGGUGAGUGGGGUCCUGCUGAACCCGUACCUCACCUCCUGGUCCGACGCCGGACUGCGCAGGGCGGUGGCGCAGGUCGCAAACGCCUGGAAAAGGGGUGGCCCACACAGUGAGGAGUUUGAGGUCGCGUCCCUGCACUUGCUGGAGAUCGUAUCAGCGGACCGCUCCGGAAAAGUGACCCCGACGCCGCUGUACCGCCUCUGGAGCUUCAUCGGCACACGUCGCCGCUCGCCGUACUUUAUCUGCGGCGCGUUGGCGACCACGGCCGCCAUGCUGGUGGCCCUUGCGCUGCUUACCUACCUCGGCGCCGAGAGCCUCGUCGCGCGUGUCGUGCUGGCGGCGUUGCUUGGCUUCGCACUGCUGCUCUCCGCCGCGGUUUGCGUGCUCCUGUUCAGCCACAACUCCGUGGCGGAGGAGGUGCGGGAGUUCUACUUUGCGGAGAUGAUGAAGCGCUUGGAGGUCGUGAUGCGCGACGUCGACGCGGGCGACGACGAGGAAGUGCGCCACGCCGCCCACCCCACGAGUGCCAUGGCGUCUGAGGCGCGAAGCCCGCAGUACGACAGUCUGGAGCACGUCUCAGGGCCGCUGCAGCUCGGCGACCGCGCGGCGCAGGACGGGCACAACGCCUGCGGCAGCACCCACACCGCCGCCGCGGCCCUCCCCACGAGCAGCGGCGGCGGGGUGAAGCGGCCGCCACUGGUGCUGUCCCCCGUGACAAACCCCGGCGUCGCCGAUCCCCAACGGUUGACUCUCGUAGGGGGCGCCUGCACGGGGGCGAGCUACGGCCCUGCGGGCGGCGGCGGCAGCGGCGUCUCACCCGUCGACCAGUCCCUGAGCGACGACAGGGGCGGCGGCUCAGCCAGCCAGGCCCCUCUGCAGCCGUUCCCGCAGGGGCGGCGAGCCUUCCGGGAGGAGGCCGAAGUGGUCGGGGAUCGCUGCUGCGAACCCCCCGCCGCGCCCCCGGAGGAGGCGGUGCUGCCGGAGGACUGCUACAACGCACUCCUCAUGAGCCGCGUCAGCUUUGAGAGGACGCAGCUGGCGGAGGAGCGGAUGAAGGAGCUGAUGGUGUGCAAGAGCAUCGGCCUGGACGCCCAGGCCGCGCGACACUCCGCCGCGGAAGACGCGGGCGUUUCUCCCCUGUCCCGCGAUUUGGCUUCCGCCUCCACGUUGGAGGGGGCCGGCGGGACUGCGUCGCCCGUCUCCCUCUUCCGCAGGCCGCGGUCGGUGCGGCUGAUGCGGGACAGUCUCGCGAGCAAAGGCCUCGACGAGGUUGCCAUCACGGCGCUGGUGUACUGCCGCAGCAACACCCUUACCGCGGACAGCUUUGACAAGCUGUGGAGCCGCAACUUUCUCAUCCUCCAGCGCAAGACACUCGAGGCGCUGGACGCCGCCUUUCAUCGCGGCUCGGAGCGGUUCAAGGUGUUCCUCCUGCACGCCCCGGACCUGGACAAGGAGCAGCUGCGCACCGCCCUCGCCUGGUCCCAGCAGGAGCGUCGCUCGGUCUUUUUCUUCGCCUCCGCCCUUGGCACAAUGUCGCCGGAGGUGCCCUACGCGUUCCGGCUCGAGCUUCCCCUCACCACGCGGGAUGUGGAGGCCAUCCAGCUCUCCGGCAUCGGCGUGGAUGAGGAGAUGAACAGCAUGAGCGUCUUCCGCCCCUCCAGGCAGUUCAAGGUGCCGCAGUACACGCUGGGCCGCCGCCUCGGCGGUGGGGCCUUCGGGAACGUGUUCGAGGUGGAGAUGGAGUCGAUGGGGGCGCGGUGUGCGGUGAAGCGCAUGUACCUGCGCGGGGGCCGCGAGGAGGGGGCAGACGGGGUCGACAGUCAACUGAAGGAGAUCGCGGGAGAGGUGGAGAUCAUGAGCUCGCUGAGCCACCCCAACAUUGUACAGUACUUUUUCUGCGAGCGGGACGACAACUGUGUCUCGAUCUUCAUGGAGUUGUGCAGCGGGGGCUCGCUGAGCGAGCUCAUCGCGGCCGGCGGGCUGCGGCGCGCGGAGGUGAUAAAGCACGUCCUGCGCGACGUCAUCGCCGCCGUGGUGUACCUGCACGGCAAGCACAUCGUGCACCGCGACCUCAAGCCGGAGAACGUGCUCUUCCGCUGCGGCCGCGCCAAGGUGAGCGACUUCGGCACCGCCGUCUUCAAGCUCGGGGGGCUGACAAACGUGAAGGGGACGUUUGCGUACAUGGCGCCGGAGGUGCUGCUGGGGGAGACUUACGGCAAGGCCUGCGACGUGUGGUCGUUUGGCUGCAUCGCAGCGGAUACCCUCUCGGUGCGGCUCGCCAACCGCCCGCUUGGGAUGCCCGAGGCGUGCGAGUUGUACCGCCGCAUGCCCCCCGACGCGACGCUUGACUUUGACUGCGACGAGCCCACCGUGCGGGGCUUCCUUGAGCUCUGCCUGAAGCGCGACCCGGUGCUGCGGUCCUCCGCGCAGGAGCUCCUCGAGCACCCGAUGCUGACGGAGGAGAACGCGGCGGUGCAGCGCUGGCUCGCGACGUGCGCAGAGCGGCGGGGCGGUCGCCAGGCCGACGGCGGCCCCGGCAGCCUCGCGCAGGGGAAGUACCGCGUGGGCUCGGCGAGCGUCGUUUCGCUGCGCUCGGCGGAAGUGCUGGGCCCCCGCUGCACGCCGCAGCAGACCCCCACCACCCCCUCCUUCUUCUAG